AUUAUUCCAGUGAUUCAAUCGGUUACACACUCAGUUAAAUUAUUUAUGUUGCUGCAUGGUUUUAUAUAAAUCAGUAAACUAAAUUAAUAUACACUGGGCAGUAAUCACACUACUUGCAUAAAGUUUCUUAUUUUACGAUGAAGUCUUAAAUCGAUGUGACGCAAACAGAAAACAAUCAUUUGGUAGAUUUUCUCGCCUGGAAACGUGGACUGAGGAGUGUGUCACUGAUCCGUUUCAUGGUACUGUAACACGCCGUUUUAUUACGCCAUCGUUAAGCGACGGGAAACAAUGUUACGGAAGCGAGUGGUUUCUGAAUUGUAAAGGUGCCUACGGAAAUAGUGACGAUGAAUGGAUAUGGGUGCAGUCCGCGAGAUGAAUUUGAGGAGUCUUACACUGAGAGGCAGGAAAACGAGCUGCAAGUGCUGGAAUCAAUCUUUGCUGGUGAUUUUCAGGAUCUACGCCAAACUGACUCUUGGAAGGUUAAACGACCCCCAGAAAUUUUUUUGGCACUGCGUCCUCUGUACGUGACAGGAGAAGAAGAAAUUCAUGUUAGAGCAGAUUUGUUAGUCCGAUGUCCACCAACCUACCCAGAUGCACUUCCAGAACUGGAGCUUAAGAACACCAAGGGCCUUUCUCAUGAAAAACUCAAUCAGUUGCAGUCAGGACUGGAAAAGCUAGCUGUAGAGCUCCGUGGAGAGGUAAUGAUAUACCAACUUGCAGAGCACAUUCAGUCAUUUCUUAGUGAGCACAAUGUACCUGCACCAAAAUCCUUCCAUGAGGAAAUGUUGAAGAACCAGCAGCGGCAACAGGAGAGGCGCGCUCAAGAAGAACAGCGUCUGUUGCUGGAAAAGCAGAGAAAGGAGAAAGAAAUGCAACAAGAAAUACUCGAUGAGAUCCAGCGAAGAGAGGAAGAAAAGAAAGAACAAAGGAGAAAAGAAGUAGCCAAGCGGGAGCAGUCAGAAAGGGUUGACCAAAUAAGUCCAGAGAGCCCUACCAAGGGGAACCAUUUUGGACGGCAGUCUUCUUCAGGUUCUAGUGGUGGAAUUCCUGAACAGCCUGAUUGCAGACUUGGAAGAAACAGCCGUGCCUAUUCAUCUGGGCAGUCAAGAAGAGAACGUCAGUCUUCCAUGUGCAGAUAUGAUGAUGGACCCAGACCAGUUGAGAUCUUGCAUUUCACUGAUGGAGCAGUAGAUCGUGUAGUACACAAGGGAAAAUGCAUUGGUGAGAGCGAAGAGCUAAGGAGGUCAGUAUACAGUGCCUUGGAUGCGACCACUGGAGAGUUUAUGGUUAUAUAUGAAUGGGUUCUGCAGUGGAAUAAGAAAUUGAAGACAUUUUUUACUUCUCAGGAAAGGGAGAAAAUUGAGAAAUGCAAAAAACAGAUACAGGGUGCAGAAACUGAGUUUAACUCCUUGACGAAGCUGGAGCACCCAAACUUAGUGCGUUAUGUGGCACUACACCACAAAGAGCAGGAGGACUCCAUUGUUGUGCACAUGCUUGUGGAGCAUUUUAAUGGCUCCAACCUGUCUUCAAACCUUAUCACACAGACUCCUUUGCCCCUUGACCAACUUCAGCACUAUGCAAUGCAACUUUUGUUAGCCCUGGACUAUUUGCAUAACAACUCUGUCGUCCACAAAGGGCUUUCUGCUUCAAGCAUCUUGGUAGACAGCAGGGGGAACAUGAAACUUACAGACUACAGUAUUUCAAAGCGACUGGCUGACAUUUGCAAAGAGGAUGUAUUUGAACAGUCCAGGGUCCGUUUCAGUGACAAGGCUUUACCAACUAAGACUGGGAAAAGGGGAGAUGUAUGGGGACUAGGCCUUCUACUGCUUUCUCUAAGUCUUGGAAAACCCUUUGAAGAAUACCCAGUGACAGUACCAUCAAGCUUGCCUAAUGAAUUUCAGGACUUUUUAAAAAAGUGUGUUUGUUUAGAAGACAGAGAGCGAUGGACCACUAAGCAGUUGCUAGAACAUUCUUUUCUCACCUCUCCAGUAGUGAAAACACCUUUCUACCAGGAUGAAGGAAGUCCAGGAGGUUAUACAGGUAUAGACUGCAUUGAGACGAUUACACCAAGCAGACAGCAUACCGCUACUUCAAUCUAUGCUGAGGCGCACAGACAUUUCUCACGCUACUGCGAUGAAUUUGAAGAGCUGCAGCUACUUGGGAAAGGUGCUUUUGGAGCAGUUAUUAAGGUGCAGAACAAAUUGGAUGGCUGUUUUUAUGCUGUGAAGCGUAUUCAGGUAAAUCCUGCAAGCAGACAGUUUAGAAGAAUAAAAGGCGAAGUGACUUUGCUUUCACGAUUGAACCAUGAGAAUAUUGUGCGGUAUUACAAUGCUUGGAUUGAAAGGCAUGAGGUGCCAGUUGUUAGGGCCCCAGAUGAAUACAGUGCCAAAGAAAAAAAUUUAUGCUCAGAUGGCGGCCAGCCAAAAGGGACUAGUGAGCUGGAAGUGGGAGACAACAUUGAAGUCAAUGCUCCUCCUCCUGUCCUGACCAGUUCUGUGGAGUGGAGCACCUCCUGUGAGAGGUCUUCAAGUGCCAAAUGUAGUGGAGCAGCUUCUGAGUCCAGUGAUGAUGAUGAUGAUGAGGAGGAUGAUGGAGGAGUUUUCUCUCCUUCCUUUUUACCAGCUAGUACUGACUCCGACAGUGAUAUUGUUUUUGAGAACGAAGGAAGUGAAGAGAGUCCGUCCCAGGGCCAAGCUGAAGAUCAGAGUGAAAAAAUGUGCAGCAGGGGUAACCAAGAAGCUGAGGCUCUGGUCCUACCCAAGACAGUCCAUUACUUGUAUAUUCAGAUGGAGUACUGUGAAAAAAGCACUUUGCGGGACACAAUAGAUCAAGAGCUGUAUAGAGAUGUGAAUCGUUUAUGGAGGCUUUUCCGUGAGAUUUUGGAUGGACUUGCCUAUAUUCAUGAACAGGGAAUGAUUCAUCGAGAUCUGAAGCCUGUUAAUAUAUUCCUGGAUUCCAAUGACCAUGUGAAAAUCGGAGAUUUUGGUUUGGCUACAGACCAUCCAGCAAAUGCAACAUCUGUUAAAUCUGAUGGUGAAGGAGAUACUGCAGUUGCCUUUGUCAAACCAGAUCCCACAGGCAAUUUGACUGGGAUGGUUGGAACUGCCCUAUAUGUAAGUCCAGAAGUUCAAGGAAACACUAAGGCUUCUUAUAAUCAGAAAGUGGAUCUCUUCAGUCUGGGGAUAAUAUUGUUUGAAAUGAGUUAUCGCCCCAUGGGUACUGCAUCAGAAAGGAUAUCUAUUCUCAGCAAACUCCGUCUGCCCAGCAUUGAAUUUCCAGAAGACUUUGAUGACCAGACUUGUGCUAAACAGAAGCAAAUUGUUUUAUGGCUUUUAAACCAUGACCCCACUCAGCGCCCGACAGCAAUGGAAUUGCUGAAGAGUGAUCUUUUGCCCCCAGCACAGAUGGAGGAGUCUGAACUUCAUGAGGUUCUUCAUCACACUCUGGCAAACAUCCAUGGAAAGGCUUAUCGUUCGAUGCUGACCCACAUCUUUGAACAGAGAAUCUCACCAGUCAUGGAGUAUACAUAUGACAGUGACAUUUUAAAGGGAAACUUUUCCAGCCGUACUGCAAAAGUGCAGCAGUAUGUCUAUGAAACAGUCAGCAAGAUCUUCAGAAAGCAUGGUGCUAUCAAACUCCAUACACCACUGCUGAUGCCAGGGAACAGGAAGCACUACGAACACAGUGAGGUAGCUUGUCUGAUGGAUCACAGUGGAAUGCUGGUGAUACUGCCGUUUGAUCUAAGGAUUCCUUUUGCAAAAUUUGUAGCUAGAAACAGUAUUACAAGUUUGAAAAGGUAUUGCAUAGAACGAGUGUUCCGGCCUCGAAAACUGGAUCGGUCACACCCCAGAGAGCUUGUAGAAUGUGCUUUUGAUAUUGUUACCCCUUCUGCAAACAAUUUGCUGCCUGAUGCUGAAGCAGUGUUUGUCAUCUCAGAGAUCAUUCAAGAGUUUCCAGUGCUGCAGGAAAGAAAUUAUAGCAUUUAUCUAAACCAUACCUCACUUGUGAAGGCCAUUCUGCUGCACUGUGGAAUUUCUGAGGAUAAACUCAGUCAGGUUUAUAAUAUUCUUUGUGAAACCACGAGUGAAAAGUUGACCAGGCGAGAGGUGGAAGCCAAACUUUGCAAUGUUCCUCUUUCCCGAACAAGUGUGGAACAGUUGUAUCGCUACAUUGAACAGAAAGGAGAAUUACAGGAAAUAAUUAUUCUAAUUAAACCCCUGACAAAGAACAAAACACCUGUCGGACCAUUAGCCAAGCAAGGUCUUAAGGACCUGGAAGAGAUUGUAGAUCUUUUAAAGAAAUUUGGAAUUAAAUUGCAGGUGGUAGUAAAUAUUGGCCUAAUGUACAAGGUGCAACUUUACAGUGGAAUUGUCUUUCAGUUCGUAGCAUUUAUAAAGCGCCGGCAACGAACUGUCCCUGACAUUUUGGCAGCUGGAGGGCGUUAUGAUCAUCUGAUCUCAGAAUUUAGAGGAGUACAAGUGUUAGGGUCGCCUCCCUGUGCUGUUGGAGUGAGUGUUGCUAUUGACAAAAUAUCUACCGCACUUUGCAGCAUGAAAGAUCUCGUUGCACUGAAUGCUUGUGACCUGCUAGUUGUAAGUGUUGGCCAUUCAACUGUUAGUACUGCAAUCUCCAUUUGUGUCAAGCUGUGGGCUUCUGGGAUAUCAGCUGAUAUUCUUCAUGAUCCUUUGCAGUCACAUGAUGAUAUACUAGAAUACAGCAGACGUGCUGGGGUUUCUAACAUUGUGCUGGUAUCAGACAAAGAAGGAAACUUUAUCAAGAUAAAAUAUUAUGAAAAGGAAAGGCUUAUAGAAAAAAGAACGGAAAAAGAUGUCAUUGACCAUAUAACACAAAAACUGAGGACCAAAGUCAUGGAUGAAAGAAGCCAAAGAGAGACCAUGGAAGGCAUUAGCACACAGAAUCCAAAAGGUUUACCUUCUGUUAUCCCAGGGCAGUUUGAAUCUCAUGGAGGCAGUUUUGUGCCAAAUGUAUCUGUUGUCCCUCCUGAAAAAAUUUCGUCUAGCACCAGAAGGCGAUAUGAAACUCAGAUUGUGUCAAGACUUCAGAAUCUGGUAACCAUCUUACAACAGAAGAGCACAGAAAUAGAAGUUUUGGCAGUUGAUCUACCAAAAGAAACUGUAAUCCACUUCUUGACAUUAGAGUUUGAUGGAGACAAUGACCAAUUUUAUUCAAGUGUAAAACAGCUUAUGGCUAAGCUACCAAAGCAGCGUUACCUGAAGUCUGUCUGUGAUGAAAUAUACAAUCUUAAAAUGGUGAAAAAGGCACCAGUUCUUGUUCUGUACAGUUACAGAGAUGACUACUAUAAGAUCCUGUUCUAAAGAAACAGCAGCCUUUUUAUCCAUGAUAGAGAAAGCCACUGAUUUAUUGCAGAGGUUUUCAGAAUAUCACACUGUCAGCUUUUCGAUUGCCAUGAAGUAUGCAGUGCAAUUUUACUGUAGCUUUGAAAUAUUUGAAAGAGAUUCCCUUUGUUGUGCAUUUCCUAACGGAUUGUUGGACUCUCUAUUGAAUGUAUGCUGUGAAAGCACUGAGAUUUUCAAAGUUCUUAAGGAGAAAAGGAGCUGUCAGUAAAUCAUAGAAGGCCAUGGUGAUUUGCAUAUUGUGUCAUUAUAUUAACGCUACAGGCUUGAACAGUUGAUUUCAUGACAUAUUUUCAACCUUUUGGAAAUGUUUACAUGAUCUAAGCCUUGUAGUACUCAGACCUGCUGUGCAGUUUAUGAUGUGCUGCCGUUUCUUAGGCAGCUUUAUUCAAGAGGUGUACUGACUAAAGUUAAUGCCAAACUUUAAAUGUAUUUUGAACUUAUUGUAUCUGAGUUUGUCUUUUUUUUUCUGAUAUGGUUAAGUUGAUUUUAAGCAAGUGGUUGUAGUCUGCAUUGUGCAAUGACAUCUGAAUCCCUCAUGUAAACAUUUAGUGUCAUCUCUACUGUGACGUCACUGUUAAGUGAUAAUAGCCACUCUGCAGCUGUUGUUACCUGACCAUUUACCCACAGUUAGUGUCAGUCACAUCACAGUAUUAAGAAGGGUACUAGUGACAUAGAUGGAUAUGCCACAUAUUUAGAUCAUUUGAAUGCAUCUCCUACAGAAUUAUCGAGUGAAAUGUUUUGUAGUAGGCAGCAUAGGAAAAAUUCAUAUUUUAUGCCGCUUCUUGAAAAAGGAGUGUUUCCUUACUGCCUGUUUUGACUAUUUUUUUUCUUUUAAGGGAGACUUGAGCUGUGGUGGCAUUUAACCAGGUUGCCGCAAAAAGAAGUGGUUUGGCUUCCAGAUUCCUAAACACAGUUUCCAAUUGGAAUAUCUUUUAACAGAAAUGGGUUUUCAUGUUGUAUUUAUUGUAAGCCACUAAACACACACAAAACCAUCCGUCUUAGACCCAGAAGUUAACCUUGCUUAAGUUGAUCACGUAUUUCUGGUUUACGUUCUGUUCAGUGAGCUGAUAAGAGAUUGUAACAUAAUUCCAUUUUUUUUUCUUUAAGCAGACUCUUUGGGACUGCUUACCAAAAUAUACUUUUAUUAGCAUUAAUACUACUGAAAAUGAGAACAAAGUUCCUAACAUCAGCCAUCAGUCAAGUAUUAUACACUGUGGGCCCAUACUAUUAAUGCAAGGCUAUUUUAAACUGUUGUCAUCUGUCAGAAUUUUAGUAUAGAGUAGAAGGAUGUUUCAAGAACUCAGAACCAUUACGUAAAUUAGGGAUAUUCUUUUAUUUUUUAGACAUUUAGAAUAUAUUGUAAGUUGUGAACUCUUCCCUGACCAUUUUCCUAAGCUGUUAUCCUAUUUCUAGUCUAAUAAACAUGCUCUGUAUAUAUCUUUGCAGAAGAAAUGCAUGAAAUGCAUUGUUACAAAAUGCUUAGACUUCCACUGUUGGUAUAGCCUGCAGAACUGAGCUCUCAUAACUGUUUCAGCUGUUUCAUUGUUACAGGAAAGGGCAACUCAGGUAAAACUCAUUCCAGAUAAUGGUGGGAAGUUUCAGGGAUGCUGUUUUUUUGUCUAAAAACUUUACUGAUUGAUUGCUGUAUAAAGGUGUUUAGCAAAUUAACUAUUGUGUUGUCAGUGGUGGCUGGUAGCUUACUGGAAAGUUGGUAGCAGCAAUGUGGUCGAGAAUAAUUGUGAUGCUGGUAGUGUCCAUGUGGAAGAGGGCAUGACUGCACUGCAGGCAAUGUACGGUUCUAAAUGUGAUUGUUUUAUAAAGAUAUAAUGUGGGUCCCAAAAUUGCCAAGUAUUUGAAAAAAAAGUGAUUGCAUUCACACCUUUAUAUUUUGCUAAUCAUUAACAUUGUUGCAGUUCAUUUCUUGAAAUUCUUAAGAGAAAUGAUCGUUCAUCAGAAAAAAUGGCUGCCGCCUUUAUACAGAAACAAAAUGCCUUAAAAUGUGCUGUAACAGUAAGUCUCAUCUUAAUAAAAAUGUACAAAAAUA